ACAGCUGAGGUAACAGAGGCUUAGAGAAUAUUUUGUCUAAGAUCAAGCAGAGAGCAAGUGGUGGAGGCAGGCUUGCAUCUCACUUCCUUUGACUUAAAAUUUCACCCAUGAAAUUGUAUCAAGAUCCUCUUGCUUUUGCAUUUGUAGGAAGAGACCUUCAAAACAAAAAGUAAAGAAAAGGAGGUUUUCACUUGGAAAAUUUGGUGUUUCUUUUUUGCACAACCAGGAAGGCGCUCUGCUGGGAUAAGAUUGUGAGACAUGGCUGAAGAUAAAAGCAAGAGAGGCUCCAUUGGAAUGAGUCUGAAGGGCGGCCAGACAAACAAUGGGUUUGUCCAAAAUGAAGACAUCCGGGAGAGGGACCCAAACCCAGAGGACCGGCAGCAGCACAAUGCCGUGGACAUGCUUGGCCCUGGGGAUCCGGACUUGAAGGAUAUCCGGCCCUACGCGGGGAUGCCCAAGGAGGUGCUGUUCCAGUUCUCAGGCCAGGCACGCUACCGGGUGCCCCGGGAAGUCCUCUUCUGGCUCACAGUGGCUUCUGUGCUUGCGCUCAUCGCAGCCACCAUCUCCAUCAUCGCCAUCUCUCCAAAGUGCCUGGACUGGUGGCAGGCAGGGCCCAUGUACCAGAUCUACCCAAGGUCUUUCAAGGACAGCGACAAAGACGGGAACGGAGAUCUGAAAGGUAUUCAAGAUAAGCUGGAUUACCUCACAACUUUAAAUAUAAAAACUGUUUGGAUUACUUCAUUUUAUAAGUCAUCCCUUAAAGAUUUCCGGUAUGGUGUUGAAGAUUUCCGAGAAAUAGAUCCCAUUUUUGGAACAAUGAAAGAUUUUGAGAAUCUGGUUGCAGCCAUACAUGAUAAAGGUUUGAAAUUAAUAAUUGAUUUCAUACCAAACCACACCAGUGAUAAACAUGCUUGGUUUUUGAGUCGGACCCGGACAGGGAAAUAUACUGAUUAUUAUAUCUGGCAUGACUGUACCCAGGAAGAUGGUAUAACUAUACCACCCAACAACUGGUUAAGUGUCUAUGGAAACUCCAGUUGGCACUUUGAUGAAAUACGAAACCAAUGCUAUUUUCACCAGUUUUUGAAAGAGCAACCUGAUUUAAAUUUCCGCAAUCCUGAUGUUCAAGAAGAAAUAAAAGAAAUCAUACAGUUCUGGCUCUCAAAGGGUGUCGACGGCUUUAGUUUUGAUGCUGUUCAGUUUCUCCUAGAAGCAAAGCAUCUGCGAGACGAGACCCAAGUGAAUAAGACCCAAAUCCCGGCCACGAUCACACACUACUCGGAGCUGUACCACGACUUCACCACCACACAGGUGGGGAUGCAUGACAUUGUCCGCAGCUUCCGGCAGAUGAUGGACCAAUACAGCAGGGAGCCCGGGAGAUACAGGUUUAUGGGGACUGAAGCCCAAGGAGAGAGCAUCGCUGGGACCAUGAUGUACUACGGGUUGCCUUUUAUCCAAGAAGCAGAUUUUCCCUUCAACAGUUACUUUGGACAGCUGGACACUCCUUCUGGGGACAGUGUGGCUGAGGUUAUCCUGUCCUGGAUGGAAAACAUGCCAGAAGGGAAGUGGCCUAAUUGGAUGACUGGUGGACCAGAUAAUGCCCGGCUGACGUCUCGUCUGGGGGAAGAAUAUGUCAACGUCAUGAACAUGCUUAUUUUCACACUGCCUGGCACGCCCAUAACUUACUAUGGGGAAGAAAUAGGAAUAAAUAUUUUAGCCACAAGUCUCAAUGAAACCUAUGAUGCUGACACCCUUCUUUCAAAAUCACCAAUGCAGUGGGACAACAGCUCAAAUGCUGGGUUUUCUGAAGGCAGCCACACGUGGUUACCCACCGGUUCAGACUACCACACUGUGAAUGUUGAUGUCCAAAAGACCCAGCCCAGAUCAGCACUGAAGUUAUAUCAAGAAUUAAGUUUGCUUCACGCCAAUGAACUGCUCCUCAGCAGAGGCUGGUUUUGCUAUUUGAGGAAUGACAACUACUCUGUUGUGUACACGAGAGAGCUCAACGGCAUAGACAGAGUCUUGCUCAUGGUUCUGAAUUUUGGAGAAUCAUCACUGCUAAAUCUAAAGGAAGUGAUUUCAAAUAUUCCCACGAGAGUGAGGAUCAGGUUAAGUACCAAUUCUGUCUAUACAGGCCGUGAAGUUGAUACACACGCCAUUUCAGUGGACAGAGGAGAAGGACUCAUCCUUGAAUAUAACACCAAGAAUCUCCUUCAUCAGCAAGCAGCUUUCAGAGAUAGAUGUUUCAUUUCCAACCGGGCAUGCUAUUCCAGUGUAUUCAACAUACUGUACAGCUUGUGUUAGGCAGCUUUAUGAAAGAGAUGGAGAGACUGCCACUCCGUUCCACUCUAAGCAUUUGUGGUAACCUCAGAUGCUGCUGCUGGGUGAACUUCAUGAACAUUCAUUAAUUCUCAGAUAUUUCUGUAGCCUGAAUGUAAUGCUUUAGGAAUGGUUCUCAAAUGUGUUUCCAGAAUAAUAAAAUGU